GGGCGCGCGGCGAAACCAGGGCUGGAGCCCCGAGGUGGGAGGCGCCAGGAUCACUCGGUGCGCCGCGGCGCGGAGGGAGCGAAAGCCGCCAUCCAGUUGAGCGACUUCAGCCUCGGCGACUGUUGCAGGGGAGCGUCGGGGCGGCGGGCGGGCGCGGGCCGGGGCACCUGGGGGCGCCGCGCACCAAGCGUCGGGCGCCCGCUCAGCCAUGCGGGCGGCGGCGGGGGUCGCGCGGGCGGCUGCGCUGGCGCUGCUGCUGGGAGCGCUGCACCCGGCGCCGGCGCGCGGGGAGGAGUACGACUACUACGGCUGGCAGGCCGAGCCGCUGCACGGGCGCUCCUACUCCAAGCCGCCACAGUGCCUCGACAUCCCCGCCGACCUGCCGCUCUGCCACACCGUGGGCUACAAGCGCAUGCGGCUGCCCAACCUGCUGGAGCACGAGAGCCUGGCCGAGGUGAAGCAGCAGGCGAGCAGCUGGCUGCCGCUGCUGGCCAAGCGCUGCCACUCGGACACGCAGGUCUUCCUCUGCUCGCUCUUCGCGCCCGUCUGCCUCGACCGGCCCAUCUACCCGUGCCGCUCGCUGUGCGAGGCCGUGCGCGCUGGCUGCGCGCCGCUCAUGGAGGCCUACGGCUUCCCCUGGCCGGAGAUGCUGCACUGCCACAAGUUCCCCCUGGACAACGACCUCUGCAUCGCUGUGCAGUUCGGGCACCUGCCCGCCACCGCGCCUCCAGUGACCAAGAUCUGCGCCCAGUGUGAGAUGGAGCACAGCGCUGAUGGCCUCAUGGAGCAGAUGUGCUCCAGCGACUUCGUGGUAAAAAUGCGCAUCAAGGAGAUCAAGAUAGAGAAUGGGGAACGGAAGCUGAUCGGAGCCCAGAAGAAGAAGAAGCUGCUCAAGCCGGGCCCCCUGAAGCGCAAGGACACCAAGAGGCUGGUGCUGCACAUGAAGAACGGCGCCAGCUGCCCCUGCCCGCAGCUGGACAGCCUGGCCGGCAGCUUCCUGGUCAUGGGCCGCAAAGUGGACGGACAGCUGCUGCUCAUGGCUGUCUACCGCUGGGACAAGAAGAAUAAGGAGAUGAAGUUCGCAGUCAAAUUCAUGUUCUCCUACCCCUGCUCCCUCUACUACCCCUUCUUCUACGGGGCAGCUGAACCCCACUGAAGGGCACUCCUCCCUGCCCCAACCAGCCAACAAUGCCUUGUCCUCUGUCCUGCCUCUGGGGCACACUCUCUCCUCCUGCCCACCUGGCCUCGCCCCUACCCCGAGGCUGACCCAGCUCCUGCCCAGUGGUGGUUUCAUGCAGAGUUGGUACCAGCACAGGCCCUAAGGGAUAGGCGUGGAGCCCGGGCUGUCCUUGACCAAGGGGUCCCUGGGAGCUUCCUCUCUUAGGAGCAGGGCUUUCUCAUUCGGAGGGAAACCCCAGGGUCUCAGAAAGUAGGCAGAGGGCGGAGAGAGCAAGGGAAGGGUGGAGGCACUCUGAGCAGCCUGAGGUGGCUUCCAAAUUGGUGUCAACUCCCCCCUCUUGGUGGUGGGGCCUCGCCUUGGAGAGAGAGGUCUUGAUAUUAGGCUGAGCUACCUGGGAAACAGUUCUCUGUCCCAUUGCCCCUUCACAUGUCAUCAUCAUAGCCCCCCAGAGGAAAAGCCCUAGGGUCACAGUGCCCUCCAGCCACCUCUCCCCACCUUCUCCAUCUCUGCUGGUUUCGUCUCAUCCCGAGAGAAGCCCAGCCCAGACCCCUCCCAUAGGCUCGCUUCUCGGGGUUCAUUCCUCAGCCUCCGCAUGUCCCUUUUACCCUGACAAGUAAAUUAUUGCUACUGCUGCAAGGCCAUAGAUACCAGACUGAUGCAGGCAGGGUUUGCGUUUGUUUUUG